CGUAGAAGUACAGAAAAGGGUUUAGUUUAUAAAAAAAGUGGGUUUAAAUAUCUCCAAAUGAAAAGCAAAACCACCUCUCUCGCUCUCUGAAACUCGAACCAUAAAAACGAAAUCCUCUUUCUUCGGAUCGAAAAUCAUAAAAAAAUUACAAACCCUAACCCGUGAUUUUCCCUCCAUCUCUCUCUCUCUCUGAACUUCAGAGCUAGGGUUAGGCAUCGUCUCACCCUCUGGAAUGGACGGCCUUGAUUCAUCCCGGCCAUGAACCCCACCAUGAUGGGUCGGGGCGCAGACGGCGGAUGCGGCACCGAGGAGAAACCGUGCCUUAUUUAUAGGCCUCCCCCUAGACUUCCUUCUGCCCAAACCCAAACCCUAGACCCUCUACAUUUCUACACCCAAGCCCAGAAAGCACUCUCCGAGCAUUCCCCUUUCGACUCUGAAGACGCCGUUUCUAGGGUUUCGACUCUGCCUGUUGGCCUCUCGGCUUUCCUCUCGAGAUGUGGCGAUCGUCGUCGUCGGAAACACCGGAAAUCGCAUUCCGAGAGUGGCGCGAAGGCCUCCGGGCAGCGUGGCACUCCAAAUGUGUGGGUUGAGACGGAGGAGUACUUCCGCCACAUUAAGCUAGCUGAUAUUGAGCAAUUGGUUUCAAAGUCGGAUCUUGGUCCUGCUGCUGAUGCUUGUUUUUCUGUUCCGUUGCUGCCGGAAUCUGUUGGAGAAGGAAAUGUGGCUUCCACUGAGACAGAGAGUGAGAAGACAGACGGAGCUAGUGUGAAUGUCGCUGAAGUUGACAUCUCAGGUUCAGUGAAUGUUGCCGAAGAGGCUAAUAAUGGAGUGCAAGAAAUGGAAAUUGAUGGUGCGGGGCCCACUGAUAGAUUGCCGCUGAAAGAACUGGAGAAUUCACCGAGUUUGCAUUGGCUGCUGGGCUGUAAGCAGAAAAUUCUCCUGACAUCGGAGCGUCCUUCUAAGAAACGGAAGCUUCUAGGGGAAGAGGCAGGUUUAGAAAGGCUAGUCAUAGCAUGUCCUUCACAAUCAGGGGAUUUGGCUAUUUGCCAUGUGUGUUGUUCAGGCGAUGAUGGGGAGCAAUCGAAUGGUCUUCUGUUCUGUGAUGCUUGUAAUGUUUCUGUGCAUCGGAAAUGUUAUGGUGUGCGGGAUGUUCCAGUGGACAGAUGGUUGUGUUCUUGGUGUAACAUACGGGAUCGCCUUGAAACUUAUUCGAAGCCAUGUUUCCUUUGCCCUAAGGCAGGCGGGGCCCUGAAGCCUGUUUCUAAGGAUGCAGACGGAAGUGAAACUGGUGGCCACAUGAAGUUUGCUCACUUGUUUUGUGGUAUGUGGAUACCUGAGGUAUAUGUAAAUGAUAUUGAGGUGAUGGAGCCAAUUGUGAAUAUUGGGGGAAUAAAGGACACGAGGAGACGGUUACUUUGUUUCUUAUGCAAGGUGAAGUAUGGCGUAUGCAUUCGGUGUAGUAAUGGAACAUGCAGGACAUCUUUCCAUCCUAUAUGUGCUAGGGAGGCGAAACUUAGAAUGGAAAUCUGGGGCAAAUUCGGAUGCAAUAAUGUUGAACUGCGGGCUUUCUGCUCAAAGCACUCAGGUUCUCAAGAUAUCAGCAGUGCCCAACAUUCAGAAAACCUCAUGUCUGCUACUGCUGUCGGUGAUUCUUCAGCAACCAAGCUUUUGCCUAUGACCGUACCCGUGAACAGGCCAAUCAAGCUAAAACUUAGCCGGAGGAAUGGAGACAAAAGCAUGGCUAAUGAUAAAAUCACAGACGGCGGCUGUGGUGAAGGGAGGAAAACAGAGGUACAGGUGGAACAGAGCACAGUUCCUCGUAGACCUGAAUGUGGUGAUGCACAGCUAAUCCCCAACAAGGAGACACCUAGAGUCAUUGAGAAGGACAGCAUUGGAGAUGCCAAUCCAUCUGAUUCCCUUAAUCCUGUUCUGAUUCUGAACGAGUUAAUUGAUCAAGGAAAAGCCACCGUGAGUGAUGUAGCAUCAGAGUUAGGCAUUUCAUUGGAUCUUUUAUCAGUGGCACUUGUGGAUGAACGCGCCUCCUUUCCUCCUGAACUUCAAAUGAAAAUGGUCAAGUUGCUGCGAGAUUCUGCUCAUGUGGGUACCUCAGCACAAUAUUUGAAAUUUAGCACCGGCUCUGCAAUUUCAUUUGGGGCUAAGGCAGCACAAACUGAUGCUCCAAAUGCUUUCAAGGAAGCAGGUCCUGGUGGUUCAGGCAUUGCUCCUAUUGUUUCAUUAGUGCCGGGGAGAAGAAUAAAAAGCAGGAUAAGGAUUUCAAAAGCGAAGAAACUUGUAUGCUCAUCUGGGAAAUCAUUCGGAGAGCAAAAUGGUAAUGGGAUAUUACUGAUCAAUGAUGGUAUUAGUGAAAAUUCACCUGUCCUUGCUGAAGUUCUGAAACAGGAUGGUACCAGCGAUGAAUCUCCUUCUGGUGAUCGAGACUGUCUCUUUAAAGAGCCAGAGAUCACAGGAAAGGAUCAUUCGAAUUAUUCUUCUCAUGCGGGUACAAGUAUUGAAUAUGGCAAGGCAGAGGUGCAAAGCAUAAUCGAAACCUUAAAUUCUCAUGAUACAGGGGUUCCAGCCUAUGUGGCAAACAACAUAUAUGAGAUACAGCAACAAUCACAAUCUAUGGUGGAAAAAGAGUUGCUCAUGCGAUCUGGGAAUGGUCAUGCUGAGAUUGAUGUCACUGUGCAGAAUAAUAUUGUAGAGUCUAAUGGGGAACAUCCCGAUUGUGUGACUCGUGAUGUAGCUGAUAUCAAAAGGGGAGAAUCAACCUCUAGCUCAUAUAUUCACCCGUUUAUCAGCAAGAAGUUGAUGCAAAUGCAGAAGUGUGGGGUUCUCCAGCAGAAAAGCAGAAGUCCUGUGUGCCAUGGUCAGAAGGAGAAAGGUAUGUUUUCUAUGAAAGCAACUUGCCCUGCAAGUAUUUGCUGUAUUCACCCACCAUGGAACUCCACCUGCACUGACCUGAAGUGUACAUCGGAUGCUGCAAGAAGGGAGCAGUCGCUUAAAGCCAGAACGAUGGGAAUCUUGGAGCUUUCUCCAGAAGACGAAGUGGAAGGAGAAAUUGUUUACUUUCAGAGUAGGCUGCUGGACAAUGCAGUUGCAAACAAGCACCACUUCGAAUCUUUAAUAUCUAGGGUGGUAAAAAAUCUUCCUCAUGAGCUGGAUGCACUCUGCAAACAACGAUGGGAUGCGGUACUUGUCAGUCAGUUUCUUCGCCAAGUCAGGGAAGCCAAGAAGCAGGGAAGGAAAGAGAGAAGGCACAAAGAAGCCCAGGCUGUGCUUGCUGCUGCAACCGCUACUGCUGCUGCUUCUUCCAGGAUUUCAUCUUUCAGGAAAGAUGUACAUGACGAGAGUCUUCUAAAGGUUGAUACUGUUUCUGGGAGGGCUGGGCCUUUCUCUCAAUUGAUACCACGGACCAAGGAAACACUUUCAAGGUUGGAUGUUUCAAAGAUUUCAUCAGAAUUCUCUGAGGUUUUCCGGUUGACCACAGACUUUCCAAAGGAACAUCGUCAGUCAUGUGACAUCUGCAGAAGAAAUGAGACAGUACUGAAUCAUAUUGUAGUUUGUUGCAACUGCAAGGUUGCUGUUCACUUGGGUUGCUAUAAUGGUCUUAAAGAUCCUGUUGGGCCAUGGUACUGUGAACUGUGUGAGGAGUUAUUAUUGCAAUCCACAAGCCCAAGAAUUCGUCCUAUAAAUACUCAAGAGAGCUCUUGUUUCAUUACACACUGUGGUUUAUGUGGUGGUGCUACUGGUGCGUUUAGAAAGUCAACUGAUGGCCAGUGGGUUCACGCCUUUUGUGCUGAGUGGGUGCUAGAGUCAACAUUUAGAAGGGGACAACCAAAUCCCGUUGGGGGAAUGGAGACCAUUUCAAAGGAAAGAGACCUGCUUGUUUGCUGCAUUUGCCGUCGCAAACACGGUGUCUGCAUAAAGUGUAAUCAUGAUGACUGUCAAACUGCAUUUCAUCCUACUUGUGCUAAACGUGCUGGCCUGCACAUGGAUGUGAAGACUGCUGGAGGCAAGUUUUUUCAGCACAAGGCUUAUUGUGAAAAGCAUAGCUUGGAUCAGAAAAAGAAGGCUGAGAGUCUGCAACAUGGACCUGAUGAGGUCCGCCGCAUUAAGCAAAUCCGGGUCAGUGAGAAUGUUGAAUUAGAGAAGGUGCGUCUUCUUUGUGAACGGAUUAUCAAAAGAGAGAAGCUGAAGAGGGAAUUGGUUCUUUGCUCGCAUGAUAUACUUGCUUCAAAAAGAGACAAUGUGGCUUUCUCAGUGCUCGUUCGUAGUUCCUUCUUUCCGCCAGAUCUUAGUUCAGGCUCUGUCACUACCUCUCUAAAAGGGCAUGCUGAUGAUAACAAAUCCUGCGGUGAUGCAAUGCAAAGAUCAGAUGACAUCACAGUGGACAGCACGGUUUCUGGUACUAGCCAAGUAACAUUUCCUGUGCAUUUGGACAUUGAUAGGAAGACUGAUGACAGCUUCACAUCCCGUCUCUCUACGUGCAAGCCAAUAGAUAGGUUGCCAUUUUCAGGAAAGCAACUUCCCCAUAGACCUGCGUCCGUUGCAUCCCGGGACUCAGCAGAUGAUGGAGAAAAUAGGUUGAAGUCCAGAAAGCACACUGCGACUUUUCAGAAAGAGCUGAUAAUGACAUCUGAUCAGGCGUCGAUGCAGAAUCUGCGGUUGCCUAAAGGAUAUGUUUAUAUUCCUGUUGGCAGCCUUCCAAAGGAGAAACCAGUUAGCCGCGAUACAGUGACUCCGGAACUGCUAGAUCCUGACGGUUAGAGAUGGGAAACUAUGUUGGUUUCUUUCAUUACUCAUCUGGAGGCCCACCAUUCCCAGAUGUGCUUCUGGUGGGAGAUUGAUGCAUGUUUCAUCGAGUGUGAAAGUCCAUGAGGAGAAUGAAGAAGUGGGCAAAGGGACGGGCUGGGUGUAUCCACACCGUUGAGAUGCUGUCGCGAUUCAGAAUUUUGGCGUCAGCGUUGCAUAUGCAUUCUGAAAGCAAUUGUACAAUGGCCGGGCGCUAGAUUUGCGCUAGUUCCAUACACAUGUGGGAGGCUUGGACGCUUAAUUUGCUUGUAUUCCUCAAGGGGCGACAUGGAAGCUUGCUUUUGGUCCUGUACCUGUGUAUAUGAGGAAUUAGAAGGUAUCCUUAGGUGCAGGUUCUGUAAAAUUAUUGUUGUACAUUGUUACCAUCGUGGUUAUCUAGUAAAUGCCAGCAAUGACGAGCAUCCAUUGGCAGUAAUUGCUGGCAGCAGCAAACGUGCAUUCGUCAGUUUGCGGUACUUUGUUGACUGAGUUUAACUAACAGCACAAUUGUCGUUGACAAGUGAAGCUUUUUGAUUCA